CCGAUGUUUCAUAUGAGGAACACCAGUGACUUGUAAAGUGCCAAGAAAAUCCAAAUGUCGUCUUCGAGUGGAAGCUGGAAGAAGCGGGGGAUGCUCACCGCCCUCACCCUCCUGGCGGGGAUCGUGGCCACCUCCCUGGGCCGGCCCGUCGAGGACAGGCUCUUGGCCGCCUUACGCGAGCUACCCGAAGAAAAGCUACAGAUUCUCGAAGGUCUCGCUUACCUCUGGGACGAAGAAAUGCUUGGCGAUCAGCCCCAGCCUUAUAACGACACCCUACAGAUCAACGAUAGAAACUCCAGCUGGGAUAUCCUCGGUGGAAGGGACCGUGAACAGAGGCUCAGAAUAAUAAAGGAGCAAGUCCUCAAGUUUGCAGGACGGGACGGCAAGUCCAACUCGUCCUCAUUGCCCCAGCCGACGAAGCAGCAGUCUCAAAUCAUGCAGGAGGUGAUUGUCAAGACGAAAUAUCCUUGGCCGAUUGAGAAUGUAUUCACUGAGAAAAAGCAAAGUUUCUAUCCAAGCUGUGAGAUUCCGAGGAACUCUGAUCAAGAAGCCUGGGAUGUUAGUCAAGCAAUGAACCUCUUCUUCGAACUGACUUAUCCUACACCUACACCAGGAUUGAAGUUAGAUGUGCACUCGGCAAAAUUACGGCUGUUUAAAAGAUCUUUGUCUGAUGGUUUCAAUCCUUUCACUACACCAAGACCCGGAAUAGACCAGAGAAUUCGAGUUUCAGUCUAUUACUACACAAAAGCUGUCAAAAGAUCAAAAGCCAAAAAGAAGCUUGCUGACAGCCAGAUGCUCUCAUACUACGGUGAAGACUGGACCGAGCUUGAUGUCAAAACUGCUGUCAACUCUUGGAGAGAAACAGGGAAGAACUUUGGCCUAGCAGUUGAAGUCGAAGAUGAAGACAGCACCAUUCAGCAGGCGAGCAGAUAUUUCACACCUAUGAAUUGUUCAAAAGAAGCUAUAAACGCAAGACCACUACCAGUGUUUUUCAUUGAUGCAUUACAAAACAAAACACUGAUCGCUAGAGCAGGCAUACAGUUCUAUCCGACCGUAGAGAUUUCAACGAUUGAGUACGCUGAGCCAGAUAUUUUGAACCAUAAAGGACUGAGGUACCCGAUCACACCUGUGACUAAGCCACACCGUAUUCGCCAUCAUCAUAGACAAACGGCAGCGGUGAAUGACAGCCUGGAGCAAAUCCACUGGGAAGACCCAACAAUGACCACCAUAAGGUAAAAGCGAUGUAAUCGGUCUAAAUGAAAUUUAACACUUAAAACAUUCUCAACUUACAAUGUUUCCUUACAUCCCCAUUGUAAUUGGCGUUAUGUUGUAAGACAUCACAUCCAUUAUUUUAAAAAUUAAAAACAUAAUUAACAGAUUGAAAAUUUUUACUGAAGUAAAAUAAAAGUAGUUAAAA